AUGGGCGCCGCAAAAGGAACAGCCCUCAAAACCCUCCAGUUCCUCCUCCGCACCCUCCAGUUCUGCUGCGCGGCCCUCGUCCUGGCAGUCUACGCUUACUUCCUCGCCACUCUCAGCACCCACUCCCUCCCCAUCGGGACCUUCGUCCGGGCAGUCCUCGGCAUAGCCGGCGCAGCAACCGCUUACACAAUCCUCGCUUUUCUGUUACUAUGUUGCGCCCCGGGCCACCCAUUCCCGAGCUUUCUGAUGAUGGUGCUUGAUGUGGCGUUCAUCCCCUGCUUUGGGUACAUCGCCGGGGUGAACAGACACGGGGUAGGUAACUGCACGGGCGAGGUCGACACCGUGCUGGGGGUGGGGAAUAGUUGGACUGAGAGGGGGGGUUUGCAGUAUGGGACCGCGUGUGAGAUGGAGAAGGCGGUUUUUUCGGUGGCUGUUGCUGCUUGCAUCCUCUUCGCCCUCUCCUGCCUGGUAAACCUCGCCCUGGCCCGCCACCGCAAGAGAGAGAAACGGUUCGGACCGUCCCCCGCAAACGACUACACCGCCGGGUACGGCAAGAAAAAGAACCGUUUCAGCGCGCUGUUCGGUCGGAGAAGAGGCGGGCAACACCAAACAGAUUUGGGGCCGGAUCCGAACGCCCUGCCUGUUCACACCACGCCGGAUGAGGUGAGGAAUAGCUAUGGGACUGAUAACACCAGGGUGGCGAGCAACCAGGGGUAUGGCGGGCUUGCAGCAGCUCAAAAGUAUGAGCAGCAGACGCUGCAUUCGCCUGGGGUAGCGAAUGGCGAUAUGGGGUUGAUGAACGGGAGUGGAAACGGGUAUGCUAAUAGUGGCAAUGGGGUUGCCAACGGUAACACGUACGGGAACGGGCAUACGUAUGAUGGGAGCGGUAAUGGGUAUGGGAAUCUUCCGCCUCCGCAGCCAGCGGCGAGGUAUUGGAACUCAAAUACACACACGGGAGGCUAUCGGGGGUGA